UGGGCGGGGUUAUGCUCAGCUGCUGGAGCGAUCAGCUGGAGACGGGCUGCCCCUGAGCCAGCCGGCCGCCAUCUUCAGCCUGUGCUGACAUUGUCGCGGCGGCUUGUGGCGUUGUGUUGCCUCAGGGAGAGGGAUUUGUCACCGCUAGGCCCACAGAAGGCCAAGAGACUCUUACUCUGCUCGACGCCUUUUACCAAGGGCCUACGUUCUUUGUCUUGUUGUGUGUGAGAGAGUAAUGUCAGCCAUGAAUCCUGAAUAUGACUACUUGUUCAAGCUGCUUCUGAUUGGUGACUCUGGUGUUGGCAAGUCUUGUCUGCUGCUCCGGUUUGCUGAUGAUACAUACACAGAAAGCUACAUAAGUACCAUUGGUGUCGACUUCAAAAUCCGGACCAUAGAAUUAGAGGGCAAAACUGUUAAGCUACAGAUUUGGGAUACAGCUGGACAAGAGCGCUUCAGGACCAUUACUUCCAGUUACUACAGAGGAGCACAUGGGAUUAUUAUUGUGUAUGAUGUCACAGAUCAGGAUUCCUUCAAUAAUGUUAAGCAGUGGCUGGAGGAAAUAGCUCGCUAUGCCAAUGAAAAUGUGAACAAAUUAUUAGUAGGAAAUAAAUGUGACCUGACCACUAAGAAGGUGGUAGAUUAUACUACAGCUAAGGAGUAUGCUGAUUCUCUCCAAAUUCCAUUCUUGGAAACCAGUGCAAAAAAUGCCACUAAUGUUGAACAGGCAUUUGUGACAAUGGCUGCUGAGAUAAAGAACCGCAUGGGUACAGGUCCUACACACAACGAUGAGAGGUCCAAUGUCCGAAUCCAGAGCACUCCAUUAAAGCAAGGCAGUGGUGGAGGUGGUUGCUGCUAAGGGCACUAGUCCAGCAGAGACAGAUCUAUUCCUGUGCACAACAAUAAAUUUAACCUUCUACAGCAUUCGUCUCCUGACCCGUAAUGGUUUUAACAUGAUGGCCCACUUGAUUUGACAAUUUUUGGUAGACUUUCUGCCCAAAAUGGACUUGACCAAUUUGAAACUCCAGGAAAAAUUGUCUUAACUUUUGCCUCGAAUGGUCUUGUGUACUGCUGUUUUGAAACACUUGGAUUGUGACUUUUUUGUAGUGGUCAAUUUGCCUUCCUAUCAGUGUCUCUUUCUCUCCCAAAAGGUUUUGUGGAUUGGGGUCAAAACUAACCAGAGCAUCUGAUAGCCACAUUUAAAGUUCAGCUGCACUAGAAUAUUGCACUAGCAAUUAUGCAUCAGCAUCCCACCCUUGCUGGGAAUAGUAGUUGUGGAAUUGAGUGAAGGAAAUCCAAAUGUUUGUGAAAUCUGGCUUAAAUUAAUCUUGUAAGAAAGUACCUCUAAUUAUCCAUCCUAAGAUUAAAUAGAUGGAAACUAGAGAUUCUGAAUUUUAGCCAUAAUUUUAUCUCACCUGACCUUAAAUUCCCUCACUGCACUCCUUCACCAACAUACCAACAAAUGUUAAUCCUGCACUGUUAGAGUUCUGUUGACCUUCUCUAUUCUAAAUGGCACCAUCAAGAUAGAUGAACUCCGGUAACAGGUCACAAUCUUUGCUUUUGGAAUUGUUCCCCUCUCCUAUUCACUCCAGAAAAAUGGAUGUUUUUAAUCUGCCCUGAUGUCACUACUUUUUGCUCGUUUGCAGAAUGCAACUCUGAACCUAUGGGACAAAAUCUAAGAUUUACUAUUCAUUGUACAAGAUUCAGUUAGCCUAAUCUGAGUUGUAAGAUCUUGUAAAUGCAAUAUAAUUGACCAAAAUUACAACUGUAGAUGAAGUUGUGGGCUGGAUUGACAAGUCUGCUAGCAAACUGAGCACUAAAACCAGUUUUACUUGAAGCAUAUGGGCUGAUUUGAAGAUUUACCAGUAUUAAGAGGAUGCAUAUCUUUUAGAUGCUUGGUGAGCUGGGAAAUUGGAUUGAAGCUUUAAAACCAAUUUCUUGGCCACUGGUCCAACUAGUCUAGCAAUUUUGAACUUGUAUUUAAUUUUCUUGAGCCAUUAUCUCUGCUAAAUUGACCAAGCUUAUUCUAAUCUCUGAAUUUGUAAUCUUCCAGCAAGUGGUGAUAUUACAAUUAACCACUCUAGACACUUCUAUCAAUCUUGAGCCCAAAAUGGGUUAAAGCUAGAAUCUGAACAGUUGGCAAUCGGUAACAAAAUAAAUGCAUUCCUUUUGCUCCCAUUUUAAAUAAAGCUCCAGUUGUAACAAGUGAACAUGUGGUUUUGAACCUUUUUCCUCUGCAACCUGUGGGCAUUGUUUAUAGUCAAUUUCCAACUUUAAUUGGUUAAUGUCAGUCUGCUAAUGUAUCAGUGCCUCCAGAAAGACCAGAUGUAAAUAUUGCAAGGACCCAGUUUGCAAUAUCUGAACAAGAGGAAUUUGCCUGCCAGUGCAAAUAUUCUGAUACAAAUACAAUUAAAAUCCUAAUGGUGGCAGAACCCAGGUCAUCCAGUAUUCCAUUCCUGAACAUUACUGGUUAAGUAGCUUUUCAUUGGUCUUAAUUGUUUUGGCCAUAGCUAAGCUACAAUAAAAUGUAUUGAUGUCAAAACUAACUUUGGAAUCUUGCAACUUUAAUUUUUCCUGUUUUAUCCACUAGAUUCACCACCACUGUAUUGUUCUGUUCUAUUUGUAACUCCACUAGAUGGUGUAGCAAUGUGCUGCUUUGCUUAGUGAAUUCCUGGAUCUGAAAUUAAAAUGCUUUGCAAGUGCUAAAGCACCAGUGAUCUGGCUGGUCAGUCCCCAUUCUACUGGAUUGAUUUUUAAAAGCUGCUCUUCCUGUCAUCUGCACCCCUUUGACUUGAUUUAAAUAGAUUUUUUAAAAAGCAAUUGGGAAUGUGAAUUCUGUAGAUCAGAUUUCUAGUUGCUGCAAUUGGAGCUAAUGUCUAUUAUACAAGCUUCCUGUGCUGAAGCAUGACUUGUCAAAUUGCUUUCUUUUAUAGGGACUCUAUCUCAGUAAUUUGCACAUGCUUGUAUUUCUCUCCCGCUAUGAUGCCACUUUUUUCAGAAGCUAUAUUUGGGCAUAUCUAUGAUUUAAACCUUAAUCCCUUUAGGGAGCAAACUAGAUUGAUACCCUAAGUUUGAACUGAGCCUCCCCCUUUGAAUCUAAUUUAGAUAAAUUUUGAUUUGUCAUUGGGAAACACUUUCCACUGGGAAAAUGAAGCAUGUAACCUCCCCCCCCCCCCCCCCCCCCCCCACCAGUUUCCAAAUGAGACUUGUGUAGAUAACUAGCCUUUGUAGCCUGAAAUCAGUUGACCCAUCCAAACGGGAUGUAGGCAGGGCCUUGGGUCAAUUUACCACAACUCCAGUUUUGUCACAUUCCUCUCGGUUAUUCUGUAGUCGCAUUUUGAGCACCUUUUCUAAUGUGCAGAAUGUAGUUUCUAGAAUAGUGGUGAUUUUGUUGACUGUCUGGAUGUUUACAAACCUGCAUUGUUUUUAAUUGAAAUACUGGGCUAAUUUUGCAGUAUACUGGCACCUGAAUUCCAAAAUGCCAAAGGCUCUAUCUUCCUGCUUAAAAUUGCAUGUAAAUUGGAAUUGCAGCUUUGAUCAUUGCAGAUUAACCAAAUUAAUGGUAACAUGGCUUCUGGUACUUUAAUAGCACUUUCUAGUUAGUUUUGACCCUCCUUUCACAAUGCUUUCACUACAUUGUCUUAAGUUACCUAAUCCCCAAAAGCAUUAGUUUAAAAAUUAUUAAAUACUGUAGUAAUGAGAUCUUUGAUAAAUGCUAAGUCUGUUAACACUAAUGUUUCCUGCCAUUUCCAUUGUAAAUCUGAGUCCAGUAUUGGGAAUGAUACCAAGGUCAAAUAUCAACUAUUUCCCCAGUCCUAGGUUGACUAAUACUGAUAGUCCUGGUAUUAUACUUCCCCAAAUGUUUCUAAAUUGCACAAUCUAACUCUUCACAAUAUUCAUACACCUGUAUUUGCAUUUCCAAGGAAUUUGCUUUUCUUUGGGAAAGCAACAGCAAUAACCCUAUAAGCAAGGUAAUGUUGACAUGCCAAUAGGAAUUCUAAGUAUCUGGAACCAUAUGUUCAAAGUGAUGCUCAGAGGGGAUGUACUGAGUUUUUAUUUAGGGUAUCAGCUGGUAACUGAACAAAUAUGGUUCAUUCUCUGCCAUUUUAAGCUGGGGAUAAAUGCAUAACCAAAAUCCAAGUUACCAAAAUGUCACUUUCAAAAUAUUCCAGUAGUUGAUUAGGGCAUUCAAGUUGGUUUGGAAUGUUACACAAACCAGUUGCUGGUAGUGAUCUUAAAGUUGAAUGAAGUUGAGCACCUUCUUCCCUUCUAGGCAUUGUAGGUUUCCAGUGUCUGAGACAGCCCAUUACAAUGCAGGCUAACACUUGAUAUGCUCCUAUGAAUUUUAUUCCCCUCGCUCCAUUACCAAAAAAUUUAGGACAGAAUCUAAGUGAUAAGUCUGCUUGUUUUUACUUAAUCUGUAAAUGACUUAUUACAAUUCUUUGAAUAAGAUGGAGACCAGCUUUCUUGGAUUUCUUGUUGAUGCUGUCUGGUGAUCAAAUAAAGUCAAUUUUCCUCCUAA